CGGAAGUCCCGCCUACGGAAGAGGAAGUAACGGAGCGCGAGAAAGCCGGCUGUGACCGGAGCGGGCGUUCGCGGUGACCCUGUGUGUGGAAAAACAGCGGUGCGGUCGGCGGCUGCCGAGUGUGUUCGGCUUGGCGGUUCGACGCGCUCGCGGCCGCGCGGGACGGUCGGAGAGGAGACUCGGAGACAGAACAGCGUCCAGGUUAGGCUGGAGCCGGGGGCACUGUGCAGACCGCGGUGCAGGUGGGACGCGCAUAGACAGUUGGGAAUUUUAGAUUGUGAGUGAACACAGCCAUGGGCUCCUCAGCAUCUUCUCCUGCUACUGCAGUAAACACCUCAAAAGCUUCAGAUGAUCAGCCAGCUUCACCACCUUCAGGAUGCCCAAUGCAUGAAGGGCAAAGGAAAGGCUGUCCAGUGACUGCAAGAACAUCUGACCAGACCAAUGAGAGCAAAGCACACUCUGUGCCUGUUCACCAAGACCGGGCCUAUGAUUACGUGGAAUGCCCUGUUACUGGUGCUGCAGCUAAGGAUAAGGAGAACCUUGAUCCUUCAAACCUGAUGCCACCACCUAAUCAGACACCAUCCCCAGAUCAGCCAUUUACCUUGUCUACCACAAGAGAGGAGUCAUCAAUUCCAAGAGCCGACUCUGAGAAAAAGUGGGUUUAUCCUUCUGAACAGAUGUUCUGGAAUGCCAUGUUACGGAAAGGGUGGAAGUGGAAGGAUGAUGAUAUUAGUCAGAAAGAUAUGUACAAUAUCAUUAGAAUUCACAAUCAGAAUAAUGAGCAAGCUUGGAAGGAGAUUUUGAAAUGGGAAGCCCUUCAUGCUCAUGAGUGUCCUUGUGGCCCAUCAUUGGUCCGAUUUGGAGGUAAAGCAAAUCAGUAUUCACCAAGGGCAAGAAUUCGUUCCUGGAUGGGGUAUGAAUUGCCUUUUGACCGCCAUGACUGGAUCAUCAAUCGUUGUGGCACAGAAGUUAGGUAUGUGAUUGAUUACUAUGAUGGCGGUGAGGUCAACAAGGACUACCAAUUCACUAUCCUGGAUGUGCGUCCUGCGUUUGAUUCAUUCUCAGCAGUAUGGGACAGGAUGAAGGUUGCUUGGUGGCGCUGGACUUCGUAACCACUAUUUCAUUUGUUAUGAAAAAAAUGAAACAUUUUUCCUGAGAAAGUUGUUAAACUAUUUUCCCCAAACAAAAUGUACUCAUAAUGUCACUGAGGGUACUUUUCAAGUGAGUGAUCAUAUUUAAUCUUGUAUUUAGCAAAGAUGCCAUGCUCCAUUAAAUUUUUAGUCACAUUUUCCAUUGUAGAUAACAGGUCAGUUUGAUUUUUUUCCCUGUUUGGUAUAAGUGGGAAACAGUCCCUUAGUUUUCCCAUUAACUGCAGUAUUUCAUGUUCUUUUCUAUAAGACAUCUUAACAACCUCUGGAAAAGAGGUUUUAAAAAAGAAUAAAAGGUUGUUUUUAUUCUUACUGUUUCCUCAGGAGUAUUUGAGAUAUAAAACCUGAAAGUGUGUGAUGCUUUUACCUGCCAAAUAAUUUAACUAUAUUCAUUAUGAAUAAGAAGCACUUAUUCUUGUUUUAAAAGUAACUAAUAUUUCUAAAAUCCCUAUGGUCUAAAUAGCAAUCCUGAGCAAAAUAUACAAGUAUAUACCGAAUGUACUCUGCAAGACUUACAUGUUUAAAUGUAAUUUCAGAUUUGACCCUGAUAGAAAUUUCAACUGGAUACAUAAAAAUUUCAAAAUA